AUGUGGCUCAAACCCGAUGAGAUUCUGCUGAAGAACGCGUUCAAACUGUGGGUCACGGAAGACGACAACGAAUACUUCGUACUGCAAAGGAGACGCGGUUACGGAGACGGCGGAGGCGGUUUGACAGGCCUCCUCGUGGGAACUCUGGACACCGUGUUGGACUCCACAUCCAAAGUCGCUCCGUACCGCAUUCUGCACCACACACCUGACUCUCAGGUGUAUUGGUCCAUAGCAUGUGGUGUCACAAAGGAGGAAAUUGUUCAGCACUGGGAGUGGCUGCAACAGAACAUCAUGAGGACGCUCUCUGUGUUUGACUCCAGCGAGGACAUCACCAGCUUUGUACAGGGCAAGAUUAGAGGUCUCAUUGCUGAGGAAGGGAAGACAUCCCUGGUGCUGGAGGAAGACCCGGAGAAGUUUCGGGAAGCCCUUUUGAGGUUUGAGAAGUGGUUUGAGCUGCCACCGAUGGAAAAGCUGGUCACAUAUUACUCGUGCAGCUAUUGGAGGGGCAAAGUGCCCUGCCAGGGCUGGCUCUACCUCAGCACGAACUUCCUUUGCUUCUACUCGUACCUGCUGGGAGCGGAGGUGAAACUCAUCAUCUCCUGGGAUGAGGUCUGGAGGCUGGAGAAAACCUCCAACGUUAUCCUGACGGAGAGCAUCCAUGUCUUGGCCCAUGGGGAGGAUCACUACUUCUCCAUGCUGAUGCACCUAAACGAAACCUUUGUUAUCAUGGAACAGCUGGCUGACUACUCCGUCAAGCGCCUUUUUGAUAAAGAGUCCUUCCAGAGAGAGCCAGCGCUGUCCGACCCCUUGCAAAUUACCAAGAGAGGCCUAGAAGCCCAUGCAAAGAGUGAGCAGUUCCGGACAUUUUUCAGGCUCCCCAAAGAGGAAAACCUGCUGGAGGUGCACGAGAGCUUCCUGUGGGUGCCCUUCAGCCAUUUUAACACACUUGGCAAGAUCUGUCUGUCUGAGAACUACCUGUGUUUCGCCAGCCAAGAUGGAAGCCAAUGUCAUGUCAUCAUCCCAAUGCGAGAGGUUAUAAAUGUUGAGAAGUCAGACGCCAGCAGCAGGUCUCUAACGGUGUGCAUGCGUGGAAAGAGGGCGGUGCGUUUCUCCGAGGUGCGAGGCUACCAGCUGCUCGCCAACACGAUCCGGAGCAGGUGUGGGAUUAGUGCGAGCCCUCAGCACUCAGCAUCAUCAGAGGCCAUACGGGGCGAGUGCCAGUCGCUCAUCAACCACUUUGAGGACAACCCAGAGGACGUAACGCUGAUGGUGGGACAGAAAGACAGCAGCAAGGCUGUGAGCACUGAGGCGCUCAUGACCGUUUUCCACCCGCAGGAUGUCGAAAACCUUGAACCCAAAAUGCUUAAAGAAAAGAUGAAGGAACAGUCGUGGAACAUCCAUUUCUCUGAAUACGGACGAGGCACAAGUAUGUUCUUCACCAGGAAGACGCGGGACCUGAUUGUUCGUGGUGUGCCCGAGGCCUUGCGAGGAGAGCUGUGGAUGCUUUUUUCAGGGGCUGUCAACGACAUGGCCACUCAUCCCGGCUAUUACUCCGAUCUGGUUGAACAGUCUUUGGGCACGAGCACUUUGGCUACAGAUGAGAUCGAGAGAGACUUGCACCGCUCUCUGCCAGAGCACCCGGCCUUUCAGAGCGACACCGGAAUCUCCGCUCUACGCAGAGUCCUUACCGCCUACGCAUACAGGAACCCCAAAAUUGGCUACUGCCAGGCCAUGAACAUUCUCACAUCCGUUCUUCUGCUCUACGCCAAAGAGGAGGAGGCUUUCUGGCUCUUGGUAGCCGUCUGCGAGAGGAUGUUGCCAGAUUACUUCAACCGCCGAAUAAUUGGUGCUCUUGUCGACCAAGCCGUGUUCGAGGAUCUGAUCAGAGAAAACCUCCCCCAGCUGGUGGAGCACAUGACAGACCUGAGUUUCUUCUCGUCCGUGUCCUUGUCCUGGUUCCUCACGCUUUUCAUCAGUGUCCUCCCGAUAGAGAGUGCUGUGAACGUGGUGGACUGUUUUUUCUACGACGGCAUAAAAGCCAUCUUGCAGCUCGGCCUGACAGUGCUGGACUACAACUUGGGGGCUCUGAUCAGCUGCCAGGACGAUGCCGAGGCCGUCACCAUCCUCAACAAAUUCUUUGACAGCGUGACAAACAAAGACAGUCCCCUUCCGUCAACAGUGCAGCAGGCUUCAGCGGGCAAUAACGAUCGAGCCUCGCACCCGAAGGUGGAUAUCAGCGAACUGAUCCGAGAGGCCUACGAGAAAUAUGGAAAUAUCCGUACGGAGGAAGUCGAGAGUUCACGCAAAAGAAACAAACUGCAUGUGAUCCAGACACUGGAGGACACAACCAAACAGAAUGUGAUUCGUGUGGUGACCCAAGAAGUCCAAUUCAGUGCCUCACAUCUCGACAGCAUUUAUAACUUGUUCAAAAGGCAGCAUUUCCUGUGCUGCUAUUGGACAAUGAAGAGUCCAGCACUGCUCCAUCAUGACCCCAGCCUGGCCUAUUUGGAGCAGUACCAGUUGGGUUUCCAGCAGUUCAGCACCCUCUUCUCUCUGCUGGAGCCCUGGGCUUUCUGCACCUCCAAGAGCACCCUCUCCCUCUGGGUCUUCCGCCUGAUCGACGAAAACCAAGACGGCCUCGUGAACUUUAAAGAGUUCUGCUUUGCCCUCGAUACCUUGUACAGUGGCUCCUUCACCAAUAAGCUGAAAUUCCUCUUCAAGCUGCACCUGCCACCAGCUUUCACAGGUAGUCCUUUGCACUUAAAGGAACAAAGAAUUAUUCCAGUGGCUGAAGACUCUUCUUACUUGAGUAGACUCUCUGCGUUUGAUCUACCCGAAGAGGGCGUGAUAAGGAAAAGCCCCGAAAGAGGUAGAGGAAAAGUGGACCUGCAGGCCUACCUGAAGCAGUGGCAGAACGAAAUACUCCGGAAAGAGGAAACAAUUAAAGACCUCCCCCGAAUCAAUCAGUCUCAGUUCAUCCAGUUCUCCAAGACACUGUACAACAUCUUUCACGGCGAUCCAGAGGAGGAGUCUCUAUACCGAGCCGUGGCUCACGUGACCAGUCUUCUCCUGAGGAUGGAGGAAGUGGGACGCAGGCUGCAGGAGCCCACCAGCCCGUCAGGGUCCACAAAAUCCGCCGACACUGUCGCCGCCGCCACCGCGGAGGAGGAGCUCUCGGCGGGAAAAGCUUCUACCUCCCCAGGGAGCUCCGGCUCCCGCAACAGUCCGGAUGCCGGGGUCGACCUCACAGAGACGCAGUGGUCGUUUUCGUUCGAGCAGGUCCUGGCGUCUCUGCUCAACGAGCCGACCAUAGUCCGCUUCUUCGAAAGGCCCGUUGAUGUUCACACUAAACUGGGACAAGCGAGGGUCUCCCAGCUGAAGCUAAAGGCCAAUAAGUGAAAGGAUACAUGAGGGAACUGAUGCUUUGCUUCUCAUUCAAGUCACUAUGAAUUUCCUUUCUCCACCUGGGAAGACCAGCGGGCUGCUGUUGCUUUUGUUUUUCUUAGGAAGACGGUGGUGUCAUAAAAGAAGAAAAGAGGAAGAAAUCUGGUGUGUUUGGAACAAAACCGUAUAUAGCCACUAUAAACGCUGCUGUUACCGCCCACGUUAGACCCCGUCGCUUAUUGUAGGCUCGCUCCUCAAAUCUGAUUAUGCAUUUUCAAGCUCUGUGAUGAAGUUCAUCCUCUCAUGUAGCCUUUGGGUUGUAAUUUCCCCCCCUAUGCAGCAUGGAGCAUCCACAGUAUUGUUGUGUAUUUUGUUACGGGACAUUCAGUACUGUUCCUUGUAUUUAGAAACAUGACAGCAGCGACAGCAUGUGGUCCCGCCCCCUCGCUGAUGUCAUGAUGCUGAAGUUCAAAUCCACGGCUAACAACUCGUCCUCUGGACAGCUCGAUAUAGUAUAAUAGAUAUUCUCUUAAAGAUAACCAGUGUCUGCUAAAACAAACUAGUGUGCCCUGUGACUUAAGUGUCUGCUGUCGUUCGUGUUAUUCUGUCAACGUCAAUCUAUUGUGAGAAAGGCCAUCUCAUUGAGGAUGUGUGAUUUCAGUGCAUGAAGAGUUCAAUUACUUCUAUUAUAUUGUUGCAAUAACGCACAAGGGAGGAUGCCGCACCGCCACAGUCAACUGUCCGCUUCCUUUUAACCACAGCACACGCUCAAAUAGUUUCGCAGCAUGACUUCAAGCAUGUCACACUGGAGACUACGACCAGUAAGGUGCGGCCUUUAGAAUGCCACAGUGCUGCUGGAAGGAAAUCUCCUGCACCGGCUUCUGAAAACGCGCCGCGUGUUUGCUUCAGGUCGCUGUGCUGGUUGCUGGUGUCCGUGUAGAUGUGCGUGUGCGCGUAGAAUGUUAUGCUCCAGUGUCAGGUGCAGGAUUUCGUGCAUGGAGGUCAGUUCAACAGAGGUUUGAUUAUUGUAUUUACGAGGCAAUGUGAGAUAUGAGUUUGUAGACUGUGGACGCAACUUAAACCCUUUGAAGGACAUUUUAUUUGAUCAAAUCUCAGGGUGCAAUUUGUGUAAAAUAAAAGGGAGAAAGGGAUAUUUUUGGGGGGAUCUGGGAUAUAUAAAGGAUAUAAGAGAGUUCCAAAUAGCUGUAAGAUUCAUAUGUAGUGUAUGAGUAGGAUAGUUGCUUUGCUCGCCACAUUAUGCUAACUUUUGAUGAACAGCCACUAUAACUGCCCACCACAGAAAGCCAGAUCUGACUGGAAGUAUUUCAGUCGGUUCCUUUUUGUCUGUACAUUUGCUGCUGCUUUAGUUUUUUUUGGGCUUCUUUCUCAGGGAAUCUUCUGCACAAUGCUUUGAGAUUCUCACGUUAUAGAUAAGCCUGCACCUCGGCCAAAUCAGCUCGUCGUCUCGACGAGCGAGAUUCAGAGCUCCGUCUCUGCUAGUCUGUCAGAAACAGUGUUUUUAUAAGUGCAAUUCUCUGUGUCGUUCGUUUUUAUAGUUUUGCCAUCUGCUUUUUGGUGGUUUUGUUUUUCAAUUUGGCUUUAAGGACCAAUCUGAAAUGUAUUUCAUUGUUGGAUCAAUAGAGUUAGUUGUACAUACUUUUUGAAAAUUUAUUGGAACCGAAAACACACAGCUGCCACUGUUUACAUAGCUAAUGUAAAAAAAAAAAUAUAUAUAUAUAUAUAUUAUAUGUGUCAUUGCUGCUUCAGUCCAAAGCGCCGUCCGUGAUGUCAGUCCAGUACAUGAAGCCAUAAUGAGACUGCGGCAUACUUUCAAAAAAGUAUCACUAAUUAAACAAUAUUUGUCCAAUUAUUUCAGUACAACUUGCCAGGCAGUUUCAUGCUGCAUUUGUAACUUCUCUGAGUUAUUACUUAUUCUAAAAUGCAGAUUAAAACAUUUAAUCAAAGACUAUGUGUGUCUUUGUCCAAGGGGUUCUUAACUUUUCAUCUCAGUUAAGUGCUUAUUGCUGUCUGAUUUAUGUAAUAAUAUCUUAAAAAUGAGGAAUCAUACAAAGGUUAAGUGAAGAAAUAUUUAACAGUGGUUCAGACAUAACAUAUCUUAAGAUGCUCAGUAAUGUCCUAGCUAUGGUUCUUUGGGUUUGGGUUUUUGCUUGGUGAGGAAAUAAAGUAAACACGAUGACGUUUCUAUAACAGGGGAAGGAAAAGGUUCUGUGUGUAAGUCUGCAGGAGUGUGUACAGCAGGCACAAUGCUCCAGCUCCUGCAUUCAUACAUGAUUCAACAAGUGUACAUUUCCAAGCGUGGUCCAUACGGCUUCUCCGGCCUGUAGCUGUGGAUUGAGAGCUUGUUUUGCAAACUAUAUGAAUCACAGGUUUUUACGUCUACCUUGUUGGUUAUAUUUUGGUUUUCUUUUUUUCAAAAAGGUAUCAAAAUAAAGAAUGAUGGUUCUAUGAAUAUGA